CGUCGUGUGUUAGCAAAAUUUUUACCGGGUUCAAUGAUAAAACGUUUCGAACGUAGCGAAUUGGGCUUUUGACCUGUCAAUAAUACUUCCGAACAGCGUUUUGAGGAAGCUUUUCUUUCUAUUUGUCGAAGACGACUAAUUGAUCCUUUAAUAAGAAAGAAACAACAAUCGAACGAUUCAUCGGCAGGCUAUUUCGUGGAAGAUAACCUAAAAACGCUUCGUUGAAACGAAAGGAAAACUUGCAUCACACGUAUUUGGGUAAAAAAUUCUGUGAAUAAGGAAAAUUAGAAUUCCAGGAUGACGUUGAAGGAUUCAUGGGAGGCCGUCAGACAGGCGGCGGACGAAAACAGGCACGAACUGGUAUUGACAGGCACAUCGGUGUCCAAGUUGAUCGAAAAAUCGGGCCUGGACGAGAACCUGUUCGACCUUCAUAAUUUGAAUUACCUCUGCAUAACGCAGACGUGCCUCCAAAUAAUACCGGACGAAAUCGAGAAGCUGACAAAUCUUACAACAUUGGUGUUGCAUUCAAACCAGAUCGCCACGCUACCCGACACAAUCGGCAAAUUAAUCAAGAUAAAACUGCUCGAUUGCUCGAGGAAUAAGUUAACAUCUCUGCCGCAAGCGUUGGACAAUUUUCCUCAGUUGAGCACGAUGAACUUUGGCUCGAAUCUCCUACGAUCUAUCCCAUCGCAAAGUGCUAAUAUCAAAUUGAAUAUUCUGGAUCUGUCGAACAAUCGCUUGGAAACCUUUCCCGACGUUUGUUACGCGGAACUUGUUCAUCUGUCGGAGAUUUAUGUCAAUGGGAAUCGAAUAACAGAAAUACCAGCUGCUAUAAGUCAACUUCAAGUCUUGAAAGUUCUAAAUAUCGCGGAUAACUUAAUUUCUGUUGUUCCAGGUGAAUUGGCAGAUUGCGGCAAAUUGAAGGAGAUUAAUCUAAAGGACAAUAAACUGACCGAUAAGAGGCUCUUAAAACUGGUUAAUCAGUGUCGUUCGAAGCAGGUGCUGGAUUAUGUGAAAUUGCACUGUCCGAAGUGUCAGUCGUCUGCGGAAGUUGGCAGAUCGAAGAAAGGGAAAAAGAAUCAGAAGCUUAGCGAAAGUGAGAAUGCCAAUAAGGUGGACAAUCUGACGCAUAAAUUGAGGAUCUUGAAAGUAGCAGAUAGCACACCUGUGAUCAAAGUCACAGACAGCGUGAAGAGUAUUAGACCUUACAUAGCGGCGUGCAUCGUGAGAAAUAUGAAUUUCACGGAAGCAAGUUUCAAAAGGUUCAUUCAGCUGCAGACAAAACUACACGAUGGAAUAUGUGACAGAAGGAAUGCCGCUACAAUAGCGACUCACGACUUCAAGCUAAUACCAUCUGGUGAUCUGACGUACACGGCAAUGCGGCCGGCGGAACUGCAGAUCAGACCUUUGAUGCGCAACAAUACCUGUACAGCGGAAGCUUUAUUCCAACAGUUGCAAACAGAAGCCGAUAAUCUGCGCAAGGAGAAGAAACGAAACGUAUAUUCCGGUAUACACAAAUAUUUGUAUAUGCUCGAAGGCAAGCCCUUGUUUCCGUGCUUCCUGGACAGUUCGCAGCGAGUCAUAUCGUUGCCACCUAUCACGAACAGUGACGUAACGAAGAUGUCUUCCUCUACUGAAACGAUGUUCGUGGAAGUAACGAGCGGUAUUUCGUAUACGGUGUGCAGAAAAGUAUUGGAUGAAUUCUUGAAAGAAUUGGUAACCUUGGAUUUCAUCAAUAUAUCCGAACAGGAGGAUACUAAAUACAAUAAUUUAAUUGUCGAGCAAAUCAAAGUAGUCGAUACCGAAGGCAAUCUCAAACUGGUGUAUCCUUCGAGAGUAGACUUGAAUCUUGAUGAGCAUUCAAUCACUGUGCUGCGAGAACAGCAAAUGACGUAAUGUUAUUGAUAUGUUACUUUAGUUCAACAUUACAGUAUUACGUUAUUGUUAUCGUUGAUCGAUUUAUGUAACAUUUUAUACAGCACAUUUAUUAGCGAAACUUUCUUUUGUACAAAUGUGACAUGUUACAUUCUGAAAAUAAGUCUACACACGUUAUUUCCCGACUGUAUUCGGAAAACCAUUUUCGAUACUUCUAUAACAGAGGUUCUAGAAGAUUUUCAUUUAUUGACUUUUGCCAAAAUUCCAAGUAGCAUAAAUUUCUAAAAGAUAUCUUUAAAAAAAUGCUUAAAGAAUACAUAAUUGUGUUUGAAAAAAACAAGACGUCUUUCAGAAGCUUCUGGUAUCUAAGAAGUUACCAUUUUGUUUAUUAAAAAUGAUAUUAACACAAGAUAUAUAUUAUGUUAUUUAUAUUAUCGGAAAAUAUUUCCAAUUAGUUUAUUUCUACCACCAAGGUUUUUGUUGCUUUUUUCCUUGUAGUCAUGAAGUUAUUUAUCAUUUCUGUAUAUAACUAAUACAGCCGUUUUUGUUUAUCACAUGGAAUAAAAGCCAGACUUUUCUAA